GUUUUUGAAAACGAUGCUCUCGAGGUCUGCCACUGAAGCAACGGAAAGUAUCGAUACAAUACAGACCGAUUUCUCCGAUAUAUUUAAUUGAGAAGCCCUGAAAUGUCAGUCAACAGCUGUUCACAAGACGCUGUGUGCUUUACCUCAUUUACUAUUGUUUGAGAGUUGUAAAUUGUCUCAAAAAUAUUGUUCUUAAACGUGAGCUAGAAAAUAUAAAUAAUCAAAGAUGGAUCCAGCGCUACUUCGCGAACGCGAAGCGUUCAAAAAACGAGCGAUGGCCACACCGACCGUGGAGAAGAAAAACAGAACGGAAAGAGCUCCUCCGCCUCCAAGUAGAGAUGAUUCCCAAAAGAAAAUGCGGCCGCCGACGGCUCCAAAACUGGAUGCAUCCACAUACAAAACGAUGUCAGGAAGCUCUCAAUAUCGUUUCGGUGUGUUGGCCAAAAUAGUAAAAUUUAUGCGCACCCGCCAUCAGGAUGGCGAUGAUCAUCCACUAACCAUAGAUGAAAUAUUAGAUGAGACCAAUCAGCUGGACAUUGGUCAAUCUGUGAAAAAUUGGCUCGCCGGGGAAGCGCUCAAUAAUAAUCCAAAAAUUGAGGUCACACCCGAUGGAACCAAGUUCAGCUUCAAACCAGUAUAUAAGAUCAAAGAUGGCAAAAGUCUGAUGCGACUGCUAAAGCAACACGAUCUUAAAGGCCUCGGAGGGAUAUUGCUUGAAGAUGUGCAGGAAUCCUUGCCGCAUUGUGAAAAAGUUUUGAAAAACCGAGCGGCAGAAAUUCUGUUCAUUAUACGUCCCAUAGACAAGAAAAAGAUAUUAUUUUACAAUGAUAGAACUGCAAAUUUUUCGGUGGAUGAGGAAUUUCAAAAGCUUUGGCGCUCUGCAACAGUUGAUGCCAUGGAUGACGCAAAAAUUGAUGAAUACCUUGAGAAACAAGGCAUACGCUCGAUGCAAGAUCAUGGGCUGAAGAAGCCUGUGCCGAAACGCAAGAAGGCAGCCAACAAAAAGCGCCAGUUCAAGAAGCCCAGAGACAAUGAGCAUUUGGCUGAUGUUUUGGAAACCUACGAAGACAAUACCCUAACCCAAAAGGGUGCGAAUCCCACAUAAUAGAUAACAGUUUCGAUCUAUUUAGUUAAGACAGUAGAUAAUGAGUUCAAAACCUAUUCUUAAUAAGGAAUAAAACUAAAGAAAAAAACAGUCGAAAACAUUUAUAAAAUAAGUAGAAGUAUCUCAAAAUAUAAUAAUUAAUUUAUACGCAUGUACUGAAAGCUUAUGUCAAAUCAUUUCAAGUGGUAUAUCAAAGUGUUAAAAACCUUUCAUUUAGAUUUAUGAAUGUUAGUUAUCUGCCCUAGGUUUUGCAUUUAAAAAUAUAACUUGUCGAACAAGAACCAUAGUUAAAA